GGGCCUGGAAUUAUGGGCAUGGAGGCCCACGGCCCACAAGUUCCAACGUCUCUAUGAUGAACAGAAAAGGAAAGACGACUAGACGAAACCCUAAUCUCUAUAUGGGGAGGAGAGCUUCUUGUUCUUUCACCUCUUUGCAAAUUGCGAUUGAUAUUUAAGAUUUGAUUCAAUCGGAGAUCUGUCUGUGAUCAAUCCUUUCAUUUUUAUUUUGGGUUUAGAUCCUUGAUUUUCUUUCUCUGGAAAUUAUUCAAUCGGAAGUUGUGUUCUUGAACCGAUAUCGAUAUUUUUUGGGGGGAGGGGCGCAGAGAGAGAAGCCCUUAUUCUCCUCUCUCUGCAAGAAAUUUGAUGCUUAUUGUAUCGAUUGAAUAAAAGAUAUCUGUAAUAUUGUUUGAUUUUGUGGUUUUUUUUUUUUUUUGGUUGGGGGGAAGUCGAACAAUCGCUGCAUGAACAAGUUAAGGGGAGAGGAAGCGAAAAGAUCGCUUAGAGAGUAGAAGCGAGCAGAGCAGAGGAAGGCGAAACAUGUCUGCCAUAGUGUGUGGGAAGAGAUCCUUCUUCGAAGACCUGCCGGCACCUCCCGUUUCCAAGAGAAUUCGCUGUUCUUCUUCUUCCCCCGUACGGUUCUCUCCUCCCAGGACCUUCUCAGCCUCUUCUCAGUUUCCUCUCCCUUCUUUGUACCUGCCUUCUUCGGCGCCCCUGCUCGAGCAUCUGAGAGUUAUUUUCCCUGACAUGGACAAACAGGUUCUUGAGAAAGCACUUGAAGAAUGCGGUGAUGAUUUAGAUUCAGCCAUCAAAUGUCUGAAUGAGCUUCAGCUAGGACCUGCUGAUAAAAGCAUGGGCUCUGUUGCAGGAAACUCUGGUGUAGCACUGGAAGCAAAUGUGCAAGUUCAAUCACAUGGUACUGUAACAAAUAAUGAAGAGGAUGUCUCUGCCGAGGACCCGUCAGCUCCAAAGAAUCUCCCUGUUGAUGGUGCAGAUUGGGUGGAGCUCUUUGUCAGAGAAAUGAUGAGUGCCUCAAACAUGGAUGAUGCUAGAGCCCGUGCCUUAAGAGCACUUGAGGUUUUGGAGAAGUCCAUCUAUGCACGUGCAGGUGCGGAGGCAGCUCAGUGCUUUCACGAGGAAAAUAUGAUGGUGAAGGAACAAAUGAAAGCUCUGGUUCAGGAAAACACGAUCCUUAAGCGAGCUGUUUCUAUUCAACAUGAACGGCAAAAAGAGUAUGAUGAGAGGAGCCAGGAGUUGCAGCAUUUGAAGCAGCUGGUGUCUCAGUACCAGGAUCAGUUGAGAACUCUAGAGGUGAAUAAUUAUGCACUGUCAAUGCACCUCAAGCAGGCUCACCAAAGCAGCUCCAUACCCGGGCGUUUCCAUCCCGAUGUCUUCUAAUGAGCCUUGGAUGCGGCGUCUCCAUCCCGGGGUGUUUCCAUGCGGAUGAUGGAGCAUGAGCAAGUUUGUAGUUAUCUGAAAAUGUUUGUAUGUAAUCUGCUGGUUGUGUCAUUUGGUCUUCUGGUUUCUCUUUCAUGUUGAGUGAACCGACCAUGAUUACAGAUGCUUCUUGGUUUCUUCUCUUUGCCAUAUGUUUUUUCUUCGUUGGAAAUGUACUUGAUAAUAUUUUGAGGUUUAAAUGAGAAUCCCUUAUCAAA